GCGGUUUGGUUUUCGCCGCGUGAGACAGGGGCUUAACAGACACAGUAAUACGGUUAGCGACGCGACUAGCCGCUGGAGCAUUAGCUUAGCUUUACUGUUUUAUUAAUUCUUCACAUUUUUAAAUAGAAAAUCUUUUAUUAGGAAGUUCAACGAUGACGGGUUCGAACGAGUUCAAGCUGAACCAGGGACCUGACGACAGCAUCUCAGCCGUGAAGUUCAGCCCCAACACCUCUCAGUUCCUCUUGGUCUCCUCCUGGGACUCCACCGUCCGUCUCUACGAUGUCGGUGGAAAUUCGAUGAGAAUGAAGUACCAGCAUCUGGCGCCGGUCCUCGACUGCGCUUUCUACGAUCCGACUCACGCGUGGAGCGGCGGCCUCGACAAUCAGCUCAAGAUGCACGACUUAAAUACAGACCAAGAUACGAUCGUCGGGACGCACGAAGCCCCUAUACGGUGCGUGGAGUAUUGCCCGGAGGUCAACGUCAUGGUAACGGGCAGCUGGGACAUGAGCGUGAGGCUGUGGGAUCCACGGACGCCGUGCAACGCCGGGACUUUCACCCAGCCAGAGAAGGUUUACACGCUGUCCGUGGCCGGCGAUCGUCUCAUCGUGGGUACGGCGGGACGCAGGGUGCUGGUGUGGGACCUGAGGAACAUGGGAUACGUCCAGCAGAGACGAGAAUCCAGCCUCAAGUAUCAGACGCGCUGCAUACGAGCCUUUCCCAACAAACAGGGCUACGUGCUGAGCUCGAUCGAGGGCCGAGUAGCCGUGGAGUACCUGGACCCAAGUUUGGAGGUGCAGAAGAAGAAGUACGCCUUUAAAUGCCACCGUCUGAAGGAGAACGGCAUCGAGCAGGUGUAUCCCGUCAACGCCAUCUCCUUCCACAGCAUCCACAACACCUUCGCCACAGGUGGCUCCGACGGCUUCGUGAACAUCUGGGACCCGUUCAAUAAGAAGCGUCUGUGUCAGUUCCAUCGUUACCCGACCAGCAUCGCUUCCCUGGCCUUCAGCAGCGACGGCUCUCUGCUGGCCAUCGCCUCCUCGUACAUGCAGGAGCAGGGCGACAUCUCGCACCCGCCCGACGCCAUCUACAUCCGCCAGGUCACCGACGCCGAGACCAAGCCCAAGUCGACCUGAGGCCGUGUUCAGGAUCGAACGCUCCCGAAGUGUUACCCUGAUAAAGUUCUGCUGGUAUCCAGUUGUUCGUGUGUGUGUGUGUGUGUGUGUGUGUGUGUGUGUGUGUGUGUCCACUUUUCUUCCCCUUUUCUACACCUUCUCCUUUUCUCAUCUUUGUUAGUAACAAGUAUCCAUUUUUAUGUGUUUCUUUUCUCCACACUGUGUAAUAUUUCUUUCCUUACCGUUUAGUUUAUUCCUGGAUUUUUUUUGCAUCACCAGAUAAAUCCAGCUGAGUAAAUAUUCCUGUUUAAAAAUAAAAUAAAAUAAAAUUUGCUUUGAUAAAAGA